CCCAGCAAUAAAAAAUUAUACGCCCUUCCCCUAACCCUUUUCAAUUUAAAUCAAAAAAUCGAUCAAACAAAUGUCUGAACGAUCGCGAAGAAAAAGAAAACCGAGAAACACUCCUGUUAGUAAUGUCCACUAUGUCGGCUACGUCGAAGACGAAGAAUCAGUUGAAGCUAUUAUGAAAAAGUUCGAAGAACUGGAACGGAUUCAAAACGAAAUCGCCAGUUCGCCAGCACCUGCAACUCCUACUGAAGACAACAAAGAAAACUUGGGUGGAGGAGAAGAAGAAAUAGAAGAAGAAACCAAUGGCACUUAUAGCAACAAAUCGCCAGCACCAAUAGGAGCACCGGGACAACAACCACUGACCGAAGAACAAUUACAAGAAGUGUUCAAACGAACAUCGGCAUUCACUGUCAGAAGUGCAUUGAUGGAAACUCAUGACGAAGAUCUAGAUGCCAUGGAGUUGUGGCAGGUCGAGUUUCAUGAAAACAACACGGACGAACUAUUUGAAGAAGAUGAUUAUGUUCAUGUGGAUGACGACUUUUGGGACCGAGAGUUUGGAGAAGUACCAAAGCCCAAACGAGGAAGACGUGGAGCAGGAUCGACACCACGCGCAUCCUCUUCUGGCGGUGGUCGCCGAAGUGGCACAGAUCGUGAAAGCAUCAUUGCAAGAUACAAGAUUAUGCAGGUUCAGGUGCAAGAUCGAAAUGGCAAUUACUUUAUGGUCAAAAAGAGAGUCAGCACGAUCGAUCCAAGUUUACCAACAUACGUCAAAAUUCCUGGAAAGCCGAUACCACGAUCAUGGGCACACAGUAUAUUAAGGUAUACCGAUAAGGAGCCAGAGCAUGUUGCUUCAAGCUAUCAUGAAGUGGAAGAUAUUCUGUCACUAGAUCUCAAAGAGUUUGGCACAUCGUAUAAUUGCGUAUACAUGGACCCUCCAUUACUGCUGCCUGGCGAAGAACCAAAACCGGGUAAAAUACACAUUGACGAGUUGGCACGAUUAAAUGUCCCAGAAAUUGUACCCUUGGGCUUCCUUUUUGUAUGGAUCGAAAAGGAAUGGUUACAACGGAUCGUGAUGAUUGCAGAAAGCUGGGGAUUCAAAUACGUCGAGAACUUUUGCUGGAUCAAGAAGAAUAUCAACAACCAGAUACACAAAGGCGAAUACCGUUACUUUAACAAAAGCAAACUCAGUUUGUUGAUUUUCAGAAAGGAGGGAGAUAUUGAAUUACGGCAUCAGCGAAAUCCUGACUGUGUAUUCGACUUUAUAAAGCCAAUGUUACCAGGCGAGAUAACUGAAUCCAAGCCGGCAUUCAUGUACGACGUCAUUGAGACAAUGCUGCCAACAGCAGUAUACCACCCCGAGAAGAAUCCAGAGGCCAAAGGACUAUUGGAGCUAUGGGCCAAGAAAGGAACAAGACGAAAUGGCUGGACGACAGUCCUGGAAAAGCACUAAAGAAAAGGACAGGACAGCAAAAAAAGAAUAAAAAAAAACAAUGUAAAAAAAGCAGUUAACCUUGGUUUUUGCUACAUAUCUUUAGUGUUUGUGCACGUAUAAAUGUGGUAAGUUGUGCACGCAGUAAUAUGUCCAAUGCACGGUCCGAACGCCUCGUUUUGGGAUUGGUUAUUACGCUAAGCCUUGGCAGUAAAUACCCUGUUUUCUCUUUCCUGCUUCAAGACUAAAAGAAAAAGAUCGACUUGAGAGAAAUAUAAACGAAGCGGGGUGGGAUUAUAAAGUGGUACUUGAU